AUGGCCGGGAUCACCACCAUCGAGGCGGUGAAGCGCAAGAUCCAGGUUCUGCAGCAGCAGGCCGAUGAUGCCGAGGAGAGGGCCGAGCGCCUCCAGCGGGAAGUGGAGGGGGAAAGGCGGGCCCGGGAACAGGCUGAGGCUGAGGUGGCCUCCUUGAACCGUCGGAUCCAGCUGGUUGAAGAGGAGCUGGACCGUGCUCAGGAGCGUCUGGCCACUGCCCUGCAAAAGCUGGAGGAGGCAGAGAAAGCUGCUGAUGAGAGCGAGAGAGGUAUGAAGGUUAUUGAAAACCGGGCCUUAAAAGAUGAAGAGAAGAUGGAACUCCAGGAAAUCCAACUCAAAGAAGCUAAACACAUUGCAGAAGAGGCAGAUCGGAAGUACGAGGAGGUGGCUCGUAAGUUGGUGAUUAUUGAAGGGGACUUGGAACGCACAGAGGAGCGAGCUGAGCUGGCAGAGUCUAAGUGUUCUGAGCUGGAGGAGGAGCUGAAGAAUGUCACCAACAACCUCAAGUCUCUUGAGGCUCAGGCGGAGAAGUACUCUCAAAAAGAAGACAAAUAUGAGGAAGAGAUAAAGAUACUUUCUGAUAAACUCAAGGAGGCAGAGACCCGUGCUGAGUUUGCUGAGAGAUCGGUAGCCAAGCUGGAAAAGACAAUUGAUGAUUUGGAAGAUGAACUCUAUGCCCAGAAACUGAAGUACAAGGCCAUUAGCGAGGAGCUGGACCACGCCCUCAAUGACAUGACCUCUAUAGCGUCUCUACAGCCAACUUGAGCGAAACCGCCUGCUUUCUAAUGAGCUGAAGCUAACGCUGCAUGAUCUGUGUGACUGACGGGCAGGGCUCACUGAUGUCCGUUAAACUGAGCUUCCCGUUCACACCACUGACCUGGACCCCAGCACAAAGCUGAUUGCAUUUUUAGAAGUUAUACUUUUGCCCCAAACAAACUACAGCACUAAGUUGCUUUGUAAUUGGGGCACUUAGAGUAUUACCUGAUACUUCCUGAUGUACGUUCUUUUUUAAGCUUCUUAAAAGUUGAUUUUUCCCCCAGCAUUGUAAAGUUGGGAUAGCCAAUACAUGCAUUUAUAUCCCUUUUCAAGAGAUGAUGGGUGAUGAAGGGAGGUACCUGAGUUACAGUGCUAACACUCGGGAGAGUUUUCUAUUUGCCCUUUCACUUGUGCACUGACUGUAGGAUGUGUUCCCUGCAUGGAUGUUUUCUAACAAUAAAAGGACUGACUUGACAAGAUGUUGUAACUGCUUCAUCUGCAGGCCCAAGGAUGGGCCUUUCUGACUGGGUGGAAACAAAGGGAAGGGAAGGAAAAGGGUGUGGGGUAUGAAUGUGGGUCUGUGUUAGCAUCAUCUUCUCAGAGUUGGAAGAUUUGUUUUCCCCGCCUCCCUUAGAACAAUCAGUGGUUUCCUCGCUGGGCAGAUUAGAUCCUUGUUGAUGACCAACAGGUGGUUUUCUUCCUGAUAUUUUCCCUCUAGCUUCCUUUUUCUGGUUUUGUGCUUAAUUGCAAGUAACUGUUACAGGCUAGUUGUGGACAAUAAAACCAAAAAAGAGAAACCAAUCAGCUGCCAUUGCGUCGAUUCUGACUCAUGGUGACCCCAUGUGUCAGAGUAGAACUGUGCUCCAUGGGGUUUUCAAUCGCUGAUUUUUUGGAAGUAGAUCACUGACCCUUUCUUCCAAGGGGCCUCUGGGUGGGCUCAAACCACCAGCCAAAAGGUUAGCAGCUGAGUGCUUAAUCACUCGUACCACCCAGGGACUCUAGUUCUGGACAGUAAAAUAGCUCUGCAAAAAUUUCAAUUAAGGUUUUGCUUGCAAGUGUAUGUUUGGGUAGUGUUCUUGGCUUUGUUUUGCUUGGAGAUUGUUUGACUUAGCCAUGGGGGCUCCUUCGUUUCCCCAACCAGUUACUCACUUCCCCUCUACUUUUGGGAGAGAGCCUGUAGCACAUGGAGAUCCUCCUGUGUUCUUUUCAGGUUGAGACUCUGGUGUUUCUACUGGUAGAAAUAUGCCCAGCAACCCCUGUGAGUCAUUUCUACUAGGCGUUUUCUUGUGGCGAAGCCUGAAAGAGUGGAUGGCUAAAGUUUAAGGCCUACUCCUUCAGCGAGUGAAAGCCAAAAAGCCUCCGUUGGGUGUGGGAAGGAGAGGAAAUGACUAAUAAGGUCCCCAGCUCCCUCCCCCAGGAAGUACGGCCACACCUCCAACUUCAGUAGGCAAGCCAGAGGCCCUGCAAAACCCAGUGUGCAACAGCUCGCUCUGUGGCUGAGAAAGCAGCUGCUUUGUUAGUCUGCAGCUCCGCUGCAGCAGGAGGAAUCCUGAGUGUGGGCAGAACUUGAAAUUCGCUUCUGGUUUUUGUAACUUCUCUC